AUGUUUGAUCCAUUUUACAGACGAGGACACUUAGGCCAAUUCCAGUUGGCUGUGGCACUUGACUCAGUGCCCAGGGAACCCUCAGAACCAUGCUCUCUGCCUUUCCUAAGGAGCAGCUGCUGGGCAAACAGAACAAACCUUGACAGGCUUCGCUGGCCUGAUGGACUGGUACCUUGUGGGCGAUGUCUGGUGCCAGCCUUCCUCCCCCAGAUGGACCUGAACCCACAAAAGCUGGCCAUGGCAAUUCCUGCCCCACUUUGUAUGCAAAUUAACCUCCAUCUUUGUUGGGUUAAUUUGCAUACUCACUCUGAUUGGCUGUGGGCAUAG